AACAGGGUCUUGCUUGUUAGCACUGUUUAUUUAGUUUAACAGGAGAAGACAGCAUGUCUCUAGAUCAGACCAUCAUCCGUGCUCAGAUCUCCCUGUGGGUCUCUCAAAGCGAGUGGGCAGGGUCUGAGCCCCGGGAGCCUGUGCGAUUGCUAUACACCCACACUCCUGUGGCAGCAGUGUCCAUCACUUUUAUCUGUCCUCUGGAAACACUUCCAUUGUGGUUUCUUCUCUACUUGCAGCGCGUCUAUCUAUUUGCUGUGCGUUUCUGUAAUGUGGUGUGUUGUGUUGUGAAAUUGAUGAAGAAGUUUUCUUACUAUGCUUUUGUUUUGUCAACUUGCAUGUGUCCUAAGUUGCUGCUCGUUGAGCUCUCCGGGCCACUGUAGAAACCCUUUGUUGUAUGCUACUUCCUUUACGAGCUGCGUCGUUACACCAACCAUAAACUACCUCAACAUCUCUACUUCCUGAAUGUGAUCGUUCAAAAAUCACAGCAAUCGACAUUAAACGACACAACAAAAGUUUUUCAAAACACUUCAGGAAACUCUGAAAAGAUAUAUAUAUGUACAUUUGUGUUUCAGUGUGUCCUCCAGCUGUCCAGCAACUGAUGGUGUAUAAAGAAGAGGAGCAGCAAUGGAGCCCCCUUGUGGACCAGGAGGAACCAGAGCCCCCCGCCAUUAAAGAGGAACAGGAGGAACCGUGGACCAAUCAGGAUGGACAGCAGCUUCAAGGACUGGAGGAGGCCGAUAUCAAGUUCACAUUGACUCCUGUCGAUGUGAAGAGUGAAGAAAAUGAAGAGAAACUUAAAUCUUCAAAGCUUCAUCUGAGUGAGACGAAGGAGAACAGAGCGGACUGUGGAGGACCAGAACCAUCCAGCAACUCAGGUCCUGUUGGACAUUUACAACCAGGUCCUGAGGACAAGACUGAAGAUUCUUCUGACACUGAACACAGUGAGGAUUGGAUGGAGACCAGGGAACCUCAGACUGGUUUAAAUACAAGAAAUAACAAACUAAGUGAAAUGGGACGUAAGACAGAAAAAAAAUUGUUUAGUUGCUCUGAGUGUGGUAAAAUAUUUAACCUGAGGGGCAAUCUAAAUAGACAUAUGAUGAUUCAUACAGGAGAGAAACCGUUUAGUUGCUCUGAGUGUGGUAAACGAUUUAACCACAGGUGCAAUCUAAAUUCACACAUGAGGAGUCAUACAGGAGAGAAACCAUUUAGUUGCUCUGAGUGUGGUAAAGGAUUUAACCACAGGUGCAAUCUAAAUUCACACAUGAGGAGUCAUACAGGAGAGAAACCAUUUCGUUGCUCUGAAUGUGGUAAAGGAUUUAGCCACCGGGGCCAUCUAAAUACACAUAUGAGGAGUCAUACAGGAGAGAAACCGUUUGGUUGCUCUGAAUGUGGUAAAACGUUUAACCUAAAGUGCAAUAUAAAUGCACAUAUGAGGAGUCAUACAGGAGAGAAACCUUUUGGUUGCUCUGAGUGUGGUAAAAGAUUUAGCCGAAGAGGCCAUCUAAAUACACAUAUGACGAGUCAUACAGGAGAGGAACCGUUUAGUUGAUCUUAUUGCUCUGAGUGUGAUAAAAGAGUUAACCAAAAGUGCUCUCUAAAUAGACAUAUGAUGAUUCAUACAGGAGAGAAACCGUUUACUUGCUCUGAGUGUGGUAAAAGAUUUAACAAAAAGUGGAAUCUAAAUUUACAUAUGAGGCAUCAUACAGGAGAGAAACCGUUUAGUUGCUCUGAGUGUAGUAAAAGAUUUACCGAAAGGGGCAGUCUAAAUAAACAUAUUAGGACUCAUACAGGAGAGAAACCGUUUAGUUGCUCUGAGUGUAGUAAAAGAUUUACCGUAAGGAGCAAUCUAAAUACACAUAUGAGGAGUCAUACAGGAGAGAAACAGUUUAGUUGAUCUUAGUAUGGUAAAAGAUUUAAGAUUCAGUCCCAUUGUACGAGA